ACCAUUCAACUUGUCGUUAACCUGUAAAGAAUGGUCUAAUAUCGCAAAAGAUCCAUACACUAAAACUGAGUGGUUAAUUUACCAGUUUCGAAAUGAUGAAUCUUUUCUCGAAGUAGGAGAAAUCAUGGAAAUUGAAAAGAGUUCGUCCUGUUUCCACCUAGACCAAAGGAGUUCUCGAACAAAAUUAGUGGAAUUUUGGAAGGAAAUAGGAUACGAAGAAAUUUGA